CAAGUGAGUGAUGCCGUCUGACUCCUCUCUCUCUCUCUCUCUAGUUUCUUUAUAUCAAUGGUUUUCUUGAAACUACAAGCAUAUGAGAUGGUCUUCUGUACCUAAAUCUGACUCUUUCUUAUUGUCUCUUCACCGUUUUAAGAUACUUUUCUUCAUCUUCUUCCUCUUUUAUCUCUUCAACUUUUUCUUUCAAGCCACUUUUUACUUUUAACUCAAUCUUUGUAGACUUUGAUAUACAAGUCCUGUAGCUACAGAGCAUUCUGUAGAAGCUGAAAUUUGAGAAGAUGAGUGCUUCAAAGUUCAUCAAAUGCGUGACAGUUGGAGAUGGAGCAGUUGGCAAGACCUGUAUGCUCAUCUGUUACACCAGUAAUAAGUUCCCCACUGAUUACAUCCCAACAGUGUUUGACAAUUUCAGUGCUAAUAUGGCUGUGGAUGGGAUCAUUGUUAACUUGGGACUUUGGGACACUGCAGGUCAGGAAGACUACAGCAGGUUGAGGCCACUGAGUUAUAGAGGUGCUGACAUUUUUGUACUAGCUUUUUCUUUAAUCAGUAGGGCGAGCUAUGAAAAUGUCCUCAAGAAGUGGAUGCCAGAACUUCGUCGGUUUGCACCCAAUGUUCCAAUUGUACUUGUCGGAACAAAGCUAGAUCUUCGCGAAGGCAGAGGAUAUCUAGAUGAUCAUAUGGGAUCUAAUAUCAUAACAUCUGUUCAAGGGGAGGAGCUGAGGAAACAAAUUGGUGCAGCAGCUUAUAUAGAGUGCAGCUCCAAGACUCAACAGAAUGUCAAAGCUGUUUUUGAUACUGCGAUUAAGGUUGUGCUUCAACCUCCAAGGAGGAAGGAAAUGGCUAGGAAGAAAAGACGCAUAGGCCCUGGUUGUGCGAUUGUCAAGGCUAUGGUCUGUGGAGGUUGUGUGGCUUAGAAUAUAUUGUGCCAUGGUCGAUCACCCACUACUACACUUGCAAUUGUUUUUGGUGAACUCCAUUGGCCGGGUUCCUAACAGGGCUGUGACUUUUUUGGAUGCACAUUUGUGUAUUGCUAAGCUGUAGUGCAGCGACAUGGUUUGAUGAUCUAUGGAAAUAGAUUGUUAUGCCUUCUACAAACUAACCAGCGGAAGACCCAAGACUCGAGAGGGAAUUGUUCAUUCUCUCAUGUAUUAUGAAUUAUAUGUAUUCCUUUUGUGGUGUUGAAAAACAUGUUAAUUGUCGCCUUUUCUUCCUCAUCUGCUUUUAAGCUCGGAUAAAUUAUUUUAAUUUUGAUUUUGUUCUAAUCUUGCACCUUAGAUAUUGAAGGGUUUCAUCUUUCACCCAAAAAUGUAACUUUCGGGUAUUGGUAGUAAUGAUCCAGACCAGAAAGGUUGUGGCAGUGGCUCACUCUACCAUCUCCACAAGCGAGGGCAAGCAAUGAAGCUAAGGUUAUAUGGUUUUGUUACUUUUCUGGUGCUGGUUGCAGAAGAUAUAUGCUUGGUUCAAUGGUUUUUUGGCUAAUAAUACAUAGUGAGGUGCAUAAAUCAAUGCUGUAUUGCUUACCAAAAUGAGAUUGAUAUCUAUAGAGUGAGGAAUUUGGGAGCACAUUUACAUUAAUUCUGUUUCUAGGGUCACUUGGUGUUCUUGUUGUGAAAGUAUUGAGGCCAAAGCCCCUUAAACCAGC